CAGAUAUUUACAGCACAGCCCCGCCCACAUUCGAUUGGCUGUCACGUCAUAGAAUAGAAUGUGUUCGCGCGCACAGCUCAGUUCAGUGAAGAUCCAAGCAGUAGCGAAGAAAAUCACUUGAGCAGCGACUAGAAAUUUAUCUGGACGUACAGUCGACAACUAUACACAUAGUUUGAGAGCAGAUAGUGUGUAUGUUAGAUAAAGGUGGUUUCAAAGCACCUUUAUAUAUUACAAAUAACAGCAUGUGUAAACGCUUUUCGUUACAAACCAGCAGCCCGAUGUCCGCAGAAGCUCAGCCGAGGGUGAGUGACUCUGCACGGGCAGCUGCAGGAAAGACCACCCGCUCAACAGGAGCAUCAGAACUGGAGGCUUCUCCUACAGCAGCAGCUAUGGAGAACAGCCCAACUGAUAAACAAGCAAAAAGGUGGAAGAAAGGGAUCCGUGCAUUCUUUCGGCGAAUAGGGAAGGGGCUCAAGCGUUGCACCCUCUGUUGGCCUGGAGAGAACAUGUUGAUCCCAUUUCCAUGCAGCGAUCCCAAUGAACCCCAGCCAGAAUUAUCUGGCCUCCAAUGGGCAUUAUCAAUCGAUCCGUGCCCAUCAGGUAUUGAGCUGCCAAUUAGUGCCAAUCUGGACGAUCCUGAGCCACCUUCUAUUUUAGGUCCAUCAACAGUUGAGUUGACAUCUGACAGUGAUCUGGAGCCAUCACUUGUUCCAAGUCUACUCGAGAUCGAUUUAGAGGACCAAGAUCUAUCCAGUCUGUUAUCCGAGUUAACACCGAUGCCAGAACUAGAUUGUCUUACAUGGGUAAAACCUGUGUCAAGUCUGUCUAGUUUCAAGCUGACACCUGAUUCUGAGAUCCCAUCUAUCUCGGCUCCAUCUGAGGUCACAUCCGUAUCAGGUCCAUCUGGCUGUGGGCCAAAUAAUGAGACGGGAAAGUCCAUCUGUGCAUUCUUCAACCGGACAUGGAAGUCUUUUAAGGAUCGUGUCCUCCUCUGGCGACGGGGCAAUAAAGUGGGCCGAGAUCCAGUUGGCGUCCCAGUGUCUCCACAGAAUUUGGAAGAUCUCCUGCCAGCUGUCGAAACACAAAGAAAAAGGAGGAAGAAAAAGAAGGAAGAUCUCCGUCCACAUUUAAGUGGAAACUUUUGGGCAUUAACUGAACCAGCUCCAUCUGGUUUUGAGGUGACACUUAAACCUUAUCCAGCCAGCCCUGAGCCAAAAACAGACCCAUGUCCAGCCAGCCCUGAGCCAAAGACAGACCCAUGUCCAGCCAGCCCUGAGCCAAAGACAGACCCAUGUCCAGCCAGCCCUGAGCCAAAGACAGACCCAUGUCCAGCCAGCCCUGAGCCAAAGACAGACCCAUGUCCAGCCAGCCCUGAGCCAAAGACAGACUCAUGUCCAGCCAGCCCUGAGCCAAAGACAGACCCAUGUCCAGCCAGCCCUGAGCCAAAGACAGACCCAUGUUCAGCCAGCCCUGAGCCCGUGGUCUACCAGGAUCCAGUUGAUAUUUGUGCUGAUUCAUUCAGUUCACCUCCAGAUCCAGGCCCAUCCGAUCUUGUUUUGGAGGCAGUAUCUGAAUUAGGAUCAUCCAGUCACGAUGAUCUGGAGCCAUCAUCUGCGUCGGGUCCAUCCAGUAAGCUGACGCCUGGUCCAAUUUAUUCUUGGCCGGGUAAAGGAUCAUUUUACUCCUUUUAUGAUGUGGGAAAGAUUCUGGGAAGUGGAGCCUAUGGCACUGUGAAGUUGGUGACACGCAGAUUUGAUGGCCAGAAGGUUGCUGUCAAAUUUCUUAAAAAGAACACAUGGGACAAGUUUAUCUAUGUGCCUGGAUGUGCCAAACCUUUGGUUGCGGAAGUGGCAUUAAAUCUGCUGCUUCGCAAAUCCCAAAGCCCCCACAUCGUACAAAUGAUCGAUUGGUUUGAGGAGCCAGAGAAGUACAUCCUCAUUAUGGAAUAUCCAGAUCCAUGUGAGACCUUGGAAACGUUCAUCAAUGGCAAAGGAGGAUCACUAGGAGAAACUGUGGCUCGUGGCUUAUUUCGCCAAGUGGUGCUCGCAGCCAAACACUGCGCUGACCAGGGCAUCUUCCACAAAGACAUCAAAUCAGACAACAUCCUGAUCAACACGGACACGCUGCAGCUCAAAUUGAUUGACUUUGGCUGUAGUGAGCUUAUUAUGAACCCUACCUCUAUAAAUCAUGAAUGGGCCAUGAAAGAAGCCAUUUGCAGCUUGCGAAAUCUGCUUAUAGAAAUGGUGAGCGGAGGCCAGCAUUUUAUGUCAUUUCUGACCAGAAAAGAUGAUCAGUUGAUUCCAGGAUAUUCCAAAGAGUUUCAAGAUCUGAUAACUCAGUGCCAUAAAAAAGAUGACGGCAGGAGAGCAACAUUAGAGCAGAUCUUGCAGCACGAAUGGCUUCAGCAAGUCUGAAGGAAUGAAGACACCCAAGGUGCAGGUAGGGGAACAGUUCCACAUUUUGGAUUCAUUUUCUAAGAAGUUCCUGGAUGACUUAGAGAAGGAAAUGAAGGCAGUCUAGAGACAUAGUAGAGCAGAAUAUGAGAAUGCAUCUCCUCUUUUUGGGAUACAUCAGCCUGAUUCAUGGGUUAUCUGAAGGAUCUCAUUUCAAAAUGCAAACCCUGUAGAUACAGCUGAAUUUGGAGCAACUUGACAGAAAAUUCCUAAAGGCUGAUUUAUACUUGUUAGUUCGCUUCAGUAUGCUCGGCGAAUAAGACGUCAUAGUGGUAUUUGCGGAGGUUCGCUUUGGGUGCACGCGACUUGCUUUCGGCUGGUGGAGUGCAUAACAUUUUUUUAAAACCCGAGUGAACAGUUUGCGUAGUGCUGCAUUUCAUUUGAGUUGAAUCUGAAUCACUUUGAAGAGAUUUUGUUAAGCCUGUACAGACAUCUGUAUGACCCCUCCAUGCGUGUUUAUAGGGUUAACCAGAUGGCCAAUAAUUCUUGGCUAGAAAUUACAAGUGUUUGUAAAAAAGUUUAGGAAAACUUGAGGGAUAAGUUUGUUAAAGCCAAAAAAGCAAAGACCCAGGUGCUUAGGUGCUGUACAUUUAGGGUGCUUUGACACUUUGUUCAAUUGCCUGGACCAUACCCACAUUCGAAUGUCUCCCUUUGCCACCUUCUUGGUUGGUUUGUGUUCACACCAUCUUUUUUCCUUUUGAAACCCGGUAUGCUUAUCAAGCUGCUGUUGUGUGUACGGCUGUUGCUAGGUGAUGGCCAUGAAAGCAAAGCGCCAAAAGGGAAAGUCGUACACGCAUGGCGGUGAUAAUACAUGUACACGCAUGGGGUUAAUAUUUUAAUACACUUUAAUAGGUAGAACUGUUCGAGAUAUGAACAAAGCCAAGUGAUGCAUCAAAGUUGGAUUUACAAAAAUCUUAAAUGGUUAUAAAAGGCCU